AAAGGCAGAGGCACCGUUGCUGAGAGGCUAGUGCACGCGAGCUGCUUGCGGAGGCGAGACAAGAGAGAGCAGGACACCAUCGCAGCUGCCUGGCCCAUCACUUCUGCAGCAUGGAUCUCCAGAAGGUGCUGCCCCAGAUGAUUCUGCUCCUGCUUUUCCUUAAUCUGUCGCCGCUGGGAGGUCACUCCCAUCCCCUGGGAAGUCCUAGCCAGUCUCCAGAACAAUCCACGAUGCAGCUGCUGGAGCUGAUAAGAGAAAAGUCAGAGGAAAUGGCUCAGAGACAGCUCUCAAAGGACCAAGGCCCUACAAAAGAACUUCUAAAAAGAGUCCUUAGGUCUCAAGACAGCGCCUUCCGGAUCCAGGAGAGACUUCGAAAUUCCAAGAUGGCACAUAGUUCAAGCUGCUUUGGGCAGAAGAUAGACCGGAUUGGCGCAGUCAGUCGUUUGGGCUGUGACGGGCUGAGGUUGUUUUAGGAAGACCUCCUGGCUGCAGACUCUGGCUUCUGACUCUGCCUGCGGCUCUUCUUUCCCCAGCUCUGGGACCACCUCUCAAGUGAUCCUGUUUAUUUAUUUGUUUAUUUAUUUAUUUUUAUGUUGCUGAUUUUCUACAAGACUGUUUCUUAUCUUCCAGCACAAACUUGCCACAGUGUAAUAAACAUAGCCUAUUUCUUGCUUUUGGAAAA